AUGCACGAGCCCAGCUGUGAAAAGGACUGCGUAUGCAAAAUGAGCACAAGAAGAUGGUCAAGGCAUGUGAAGGGAAGGAAGAGAAGGGCCAAGGUGUGUUUGCCCAAUAAUGCUGUGAAAGUUAAACCUUCCUUGCAGAAGAAGCUUAGGGAGCUUCAGGGAGAAGUUCCAGGGAGUGAGGGAAUUGACAUGCAAACUUUGUUCCAAAACAUCGAACAAUACAUAUUUCAACUUGAAGCUAAAGUCACAGUUCUAAGGUGCUUGUCCAAUUUGUAUGGAGUAUAA